AUGAGAUUGUUCAGUCCUUCCGUCGCCAUGAUGGCAUUGUCCGUCCAGUUUGCAUCGGCCCUCGCCCCGGGACUCAGCAUCGCGCUGUCUCUAGACCGGGCGACCCAGGGAAUCAGCAUUUCGACCGAUGGACGGCGGUUCCUGACGCAGCGAUACUCUACGACGGACGCCCCUCAAGCCGUCGAGCUUCUCAGCAAUGGCACGGUCAGUCUCUAUCCCGACGCCACCUGGAACUCUUGGACCUCGAACACGACCUUGGACCCCAGAAAGGCCUUCGUAAGCAUUGAUGGUGCUCGUAUCGGCCCCGACGGGCGAUUCUGGGUUGUCGACGGCGGCACCACCGGCUCUGACCGUAGGCUUGUCAACGGAUCCAGCAAGCUCGUGGGGGUCAACCUCGAAACCGAUCUCGUCGACAAGGUCUACUACCUGGACAACCUCACCGACAUCGGCAGCGUCAUCGAUGACGUCCGAUUCAACGGUGACUACGCCUACCUCAGCGACACUGCAGGUGCGCUUGUGGUGAUGGACCUAACCACCGGCGAGGGCAAACGGGUUCUUGUGAACCACAGUUCCGCGCUCGCGUGGUUCCCGAUGGCCUACAAUGGGAGCUUGGUCCCGGGAUAUCAAGGCGAUGGCAGCACGCUGUCAGUCGGCCUCGACCAGAUCGAGGUGUCGCCCGACGGUGUCUAUCUCUACUACCAACCUUGCAACGGCGGCAUGUACCGCAUCAAGACUGAAUACGUCAACGGAGCUUUGACAAACAACACACUGGCAGCGAGCCUGGGCGACUACACCGAGCCGUUUGCUCUCACCCCCAGCACUGGAGGUUCGACGAUUGACAGCGAGGGAAACAUUUACGUCAGCGACACGAACCUUCUCGCCAUCUGGAAGGUCAAGCCAGAUGGGUCGUCGUCGAUCCUCGUCCAAGACGAUGCGUUGAUCUGGACCGACUUGAUGUGGGUGGAUGCGGACAAGAACCUCUGGCUGCCUGCCUCUCAGAUGCGACCCGGCGCGGACGGAUUGAUGGCUGAAGGGCCAAACUACAUAUUCACUUACCCCAUCGACGCUGGCCCAUCUCCCAUUGACCACGCGUAG